UUAUUUUUUCGUAAUCGACACGCCAAAAUAGUGCAUAAAUCGCUGGGAAUGCCGUGCAAGUGUCGUCGAGUGUGUGAAAGUGGAGUUUCCGAAUCAGCCGAUUGAGAUCGUGUCCCCGCCUUUGCCCCGCCCGGCCCCGACUGACCCACAGCCCGAUACCCGCGUACCGUGCCACCGCCAAUCAAAAAGAAUUCUUUUUGCAGGCGACGACGCUGCUCAACUUCUCCAAGAACUUUUCGCUGAAAGAGUGCAAAUUGAGAGCAGAAUAUUCCCCCCGCGUCCGCGUACGCGAGUGUAUGUGUGUGUGUGCACCCCUCUUCUCGCCAGCGCCAACGUCGAUCCCAUUUCACGCGUCGCCGCUCCGUCUCGCCGUCUCGCACUCUUCACGCGUGUGUGUGUUGUUUGUGUGUGUGCGUGUGUCGCCAUCUCCCUCUGAUGCACCACUAGCCCGAACGGCAGCAGCAGCAGCAGCAGCCGCAGCCAAGGGGCCGAGGCAGAAACCAAGCCAACUGUAUCCGUCAUCAAACAACAGCAACACACAGAAAACGCAUUUCAUUGCCAACUACUGACGAAACGGUCAACGACAUUGCAACAUAGAAGCUACAACAACAACAACAACAACAACAACAGCAGCAGCAGCAGCUACUACAAAAAAAAUAAACCGCUAUACAGAGAGAGACUGCAGCGAGCCGCCACAUAGGAAAACGCAAAGAAAAAUGCCCAAAUGCGAUGUGAAAACGCGUUACAUUCCUGCGACUUUCGCCUGGAUUGUGCUGCUCCUGACCACAUUUCUGUUCUUCUUCUAUCCCUGCCAGUACUACGUGAAGAGCCAUCCAUGGGUGCUGGCCUACCAGGGCGUGAUCACAUUCUUCGUGCUGGCCAACUUCACGCUGGCGACGUUCAUGGACCCCGGCAUUAUACCCAAAGCCUCACCCGACGAAGACUGCGAGGAGGAGCUGCGCGCCCCGCUCUACAAGAAUGCUGAGAUCAACGGCAUCACCGUCAAGAUGAAAUGGUGCGUCACCUGCAAGUUCUACCGCCCGCCCCGCUGCUCCCACUGUUCCGUAUGCAAUCACUGCAUAGAGACCUUCGACCAUCAUUGCCCGUGGGUCAACAACUGCAUCGGCCGGAGGAACUAUCGGUUCUUUUUCUUCUUCCUCGUCUCCCUCUCCAUACACAUGCUGAGCAUAUUCUCGCUGUGCCUGGUCUAUGUGCUCAAGAUAAUGCCCCACAUCAAGGACACGGCGCCAAUUGUAGCCAUGAUACUGAUGGGCCUUGUCACCAUACUGGCCAUACCCAUAUUCGGCCUGACCGGCUUCCACAUGGUGCUGGUGUCACGGGGUCGCACCACCAACGAGCAGGUCACGGGCAAGUUCAAGGGCGGCUACAAUCCGUUCUCGCGCGGCUGCUGGCACAACUGCUGCUACACACAGUUCGGACCGCAGUAUCCAAGCUUACUCAACCCAAAGAAGUACGAAUCGAGGCGAUCGCAGACCCAGAACCAGGCCAUUAGCACGAUAUGCAAUGAUCGGACCAACCAACAGAACAAUUCCAGCGGUGCCGGUGGCAACGGGACUGCUGCUGCUGUCGGCAGUGGCGGCGGUGCCGGGGGCGGUAUUCGUGGUACGGCGGUGCAGUAUUCGCCCCGCUCCUACUACGAGUCGAGUCGGGAGAAGCGUGGAAUUCAGGUAAAGACUUAUAUGGCCGAGGGCAAUGGUUAUAAUCAACGGUCGGGCAGCACAACGCUUUACAGUAAGCUAUCGCCCGGACGAGAGUGCUCCGACACGGACCUGGAGCCGCCACCCGCCUCGCAGAGCCAAGACUGCGAGCCGACGCCGCCGCUGCAGCGACACAACUCGAGCAACUUCUACCUGCCGCAGGUGAGCGACGGCGGCGGCGGCGGCGGUGGCCUCAACGGCAGCAUCGCCACGGGCAUGCCCAACUCCCAGAGCACGGCCGGAGGCGGCGGCGGAGGAGGCGACUCGCCCCGCCACAUGCGUCUCUACCAUCCGCGCCACAGUCCGCAUGCGCGGCCCAGGGGUCUGGAUCCGCAGCGCGGCUAUACGAGCGACGCCCUAUCGCCGGAUCAUCCCGGCGGCGUUGGCUACGGCGUCAGUGUCCAGCAGCAACAGGCUAUAGCGGCGGCGGCCGCUGCGGCUGCGGUGGCGGCGGCAGCAGCACAAAAUCAACGCAGCGGGACGACCACCGCGACACCCACCAUGCAGCAACGAAUUAAGCCGCUGGGCGUGGCAACGCCCCUGGUGAUGGCGAGUCCAGUGCGAAGAUCCAACCCGGGCACGCCCACGCAGCCGCGACGUCCCGACUUCAUUGGCCUGAAUGCCCAGGCAGCGGCAGUGGCGGCCGCAGCAGCGGCCCAACAGCAGCAGCAGCAACAGCAGCAACAGGCAGCGGCGGCGGCUGCGGCGGCAGCCUACUACGAGUACACCAGUGGCCUGCCGCCCCAGCAUCCCCAGGCGCCGACCAUCCUGCAGCAGCAGCAACAGCUCCUGCUCCAGCAGCAACGCGUCCUCAUGCAGCAUCAACAGCAGCAGCAGCAGCAGCAGCAGCAGCAGCAAGCGUUGCAGCAGCAACAGCAGCAACAGCAGGCGGCUUCUCAUGCGGCACAUCCGCAGCACGCAGCAUUGGCCCAGGCCGCCUACGGGGGCAGUCCGCAGCGUCGCUUCCUCUCCGAGGGGGAGCUGGUGCGCCAGGGCCAGGGCGGCAGCGAGCUGUCCUACGCCCGCUCCAACAACACGGUGGAUAACAUACGCGAGCUGGCCGGAAGCCCCCAGCGCGGUGUCUACAUGUGGAAGGACACCUCACCAGGUUUCAGCACCAACAGCACCGGCGGGCCCGUCGGACAGCAGCAGCAGCAGCAGGCCGCGGUCAGCGGGAUUGGCAGCAGUGCUGGCGCGCUGCCGAGCAGCGGCAACUCGUCCGGGGUGGUGCCGCACGCCCAGUACAUAACGGCUGGAGGAGGGACGCAUCCGCUAAUCAUGACGCACUCGCGCCUGCAGGACUACGCGGUCCAGCAGCAGCAGCAGCAACAACAGCAGCAGCAGCAGCAACAACAGCAGGCGGCUGUGGCGGCGGCGGCAGCAGCUGCCUCAUAUCAUCGCUCGAACCCCACGAGUCCCACGACCAUGCCGCAGGCCUCCACAACCCAGACGGGCUACGUGCUGCGCUACGGUGGAGCCGCCGGAGGGAGCAGCGGCAGCAUUGCCAGCGUGUCGGCCAGUGGACCCUCAAUCGGCGGCGCAGUCGGGGGCGGUGGGUACCAGCCAGCACUCCGCGGAGGCGUAGCCGUCUUCCCGCCCAAUCCGAUGGUCGGCGUCAAUGUGAGCAGUGCCGCGGGCACCCUGCAGACGCAGCCCUCGCCACAAAUCAAGCGCAAGCAGACCCCGACACGACCCAUGAGCUUUGUGCGCGCCCUCGAGAUGACCGACUCCAUGGAGAUGCAGUCCCUCGAGCACCAGCAGCAGCACAACAACGGCGGCCUGCCCAGCGGUGUGGCGGCGGCCGCCGGCGCGUCUCAGCCGCAGAGCAAUGCGCAUCUCAUGCAGAAUGCCUCCAACUCGGGGACGCCCGAUCGGGCCAGCAUCUACGACAUGAACUACGAGAUCUCCGUAUAACCCGUGGUUGUGCCCGUUCUCCUAAUGCCACCCGCCUCCAAAAGCAGUAGCCACCCUGGCCCAGGCCUUGGUCCUGCCCCAGCAGCAGCCACAGUCCAAACAUCUACAGCCAUAGCCACAGCCACAGCUCCCAGCAACCAGCCGUUCUUCUGCCAACAUCAGAAGCAGCAGCAGCAGCAGCAGCCGCAGAUUCAGCUUCAGCAUCAGCAUCAGCAAUUGCUGGAGCCGGCGGCCUAUGCCUCUGUCCCAGUGCUGCCUGUAAAGCAGCAGGGCAACGGCUUGGCCAGCUACCAGCCGCAGUCGCAGCAGCAGCAGCAGCAGCAGCAGCAACAGCAACAGCAGCCACUUCACAGCCAGAACCACCAGAACCCUCAAAUGCCGAACAAACGCAAAUUUUCGACCUUCUUUUGAGUUGGUCAACGAGCCCAGUAUUUUUUUUUAAUUUUUCUUUUUUUUUUUGUUUUUUUAUUCGUAUAAUUGUAUAUAUCUUGUUAUAUACUUACUUAUGUACAUAUAUAUACCAGACAUGUGUGUGUGUGUGUAUAUGGACCGCUUGCGUACUGCUGUUGUAGCUGUAACUUUUAUUUUUACUAUUAUUACGUAAUUGUAUGCUUUGUUUUUAUGAUUACUCAUUUUUACAAUGUUUCACCAUUUUAAUAUUUAUGAUUUUCAUCCUUAAGCAUUUAUAUGGUCAAUAUAAUAUGAAUUCAGCGAGAAACUAACUCAAAAACGAAGCAAAAACGAAGAGAAAGCUAAAACAAAUGCUAAUAUUGAGAUACCUUGUGAAUGUGCGUGCGUUUCAUAGCUGUAGGAGUGAAUACAAGGAGGACCUUGAGCCUGAAGCAGAGCCUGACUUCUGUGAGCUGUUCUUGGUCUGCUCUGCCAUAUGGUUGUGUAGCGCACUGUAUAUACCCACCCACCCGUUCGAUGGUAUGCCGCUGUAAAAUCUACAUAAAUACAUGGAUAGUAUCGUAUAGGCAAUCAACUUGAAAGUCGCCAAAAAGAAGAGCAGUAAAUUAGUAAAUUUAGUCUAUGUGCUAUACAUAUAUAUGCCAUUUAAUGUACAUAGAAGGAGUGGCAUGGAGAGGAGAGGAUAGAGAGAGAGUCUAUGUGUAAUGUGCUAUGAUAGACAGAUAUUUGCUUUGCACCGAGGGAGAGUGUCUUCUAUAUGUCUAUACUAUAUCCGUGUAUCCGAAUGAAAAGCUGCUUCAAAGGCGUGAUCGUGAUCGUGAUCGUCAUAUGUAUAGGAAAGGAACUGAUUUAUUUGGCCCAGCAACAGCCCCCUCCAAGUCACCAUUCAAUACCGGACUAAACUUAAUACGAUAGCUUCUGUUCGUUCGAUAGAGAUCCAUUCGAUGACCAACUGAUUAUUGAUUAGUCGAUUCGUUGAUUCAUUUUCAUUCAACUUCCAUUCAUACGUAACUUUAUUUAUUAAAUACUUGAUGUUCGAUUUUAGAAUUGCCUUCAACAUUUGUGUGUAUUUUAUUAGUUGUGGUUUCUAUGUUUCUAAGUUUUAUUUACGGUUCGACAAGGCAACGCCCGACAAAACGCAAUCCGAUAGCUUUAUAGGUAUAUGUAUGGCUUAUGGCAAUCCACACAGAGUUGAAAGGCAAUCUUUGAGCUUCCCUACAGCCCUGAAACGCACUGUAUAUGUUAGUAUGGGGACAGCCAUAGAAACGCGCAGUAGCAACUUCUCUGUUAUAAUUUUGUUUGUACAUUUAAGAAAACCCGAAUCCGGCACCGCAAUGGUCUGUGUAACUUUAAUGUCGUCCAAUUCAAAUAAGUUUUGAUUUUCGUGUACAUAUGUAUGUAUAUUCGUGUAGGUGUAUGUGUAUGGGGUAUAUGAGAGUCUAGUGUGUGGUGUAAUGCGUACCAGUAUGUGCUAUGUGCUAUGCGCUAUGUUCUAUGUGCUGUGCGCUGUGUAUAUGGGUUUCUCUGGUGCAGCUUGCGGCACUGUCCUCGUACGAGGAGAUACGUAUGUACAUACAUGCUUCUUAUAUAUACAUAGAGUUAAAAUUUGUUGUUAUGUUUUUAAGAUAACUUAGCUUUUAUACCGGUCUGUGUGUAGGUAAUUACAUCUGUACGUAUUGUAUGUCCCGUCUGUGUCUGAUCGAUCUACCCGGAUCUACCCAGUAAUUUUUGUUCCGUUUAUGCUUUGCCUUCAUUUGUUGUCCAGAAAGAGAAAGGAAAAGCGGACAUUUCUAGAAAUUGUAAUAAUGUUCGACGAGCACACACACACACCACACCUGAUCGAAGGGGCUAUAUCUACGACUAUAUGUGUUUGUAUUCCGUUUAUUUACUGCGUCGUCUGGCGAAAGAUACAUACAUAUACACAUAUAUAUAGUAUAUAUAUAUAGAUAGAUGUUUAAGGAAACAUCCUCGACCCAGCCCCAAACCCCUGCCCGUGCCCCUGCCCCUGCCCCUGCCCCUGCCCCUGCCACUCACAUUUAGAACAUGAGAAUUUGCAAGGAACAAAUCUUGCAUAGACUAUAUAAAGGAUCAAGAGUAUAUAUAGCUAUAUAUACAAUAUUUUUAAGCGUUUUUGCUAACACAUUAAUUCAUGAAUUUGCAACAAUAUUUAAUAUUCAUACAGAAAUGCAUAUACCAUCAAAAAACCAGACGAAAACAAACAAAACAAAUAUAUAAGUAAUGUAAAAUGUAACAACAACAAACUGAAGCGGAGGACGAAAUUGUUUUAGAUUUUUAUACCAAAUUUUAUUAAUGCAAAAACCACGAAUUGUUUAAUUUUUGUAUUUCUGGCCCCUGCCCCUGCCCCUGCCCCAGCCCCAACCCUCUCCUCUUGCCCCGGCCCGCCAUGCUAUUAGGAAAAAAAUAUAGAGAGAAAGAGAGCAAAUCAAGUCCCCGUCCAGGACGGAGCAGAUCCUGGACACUGACGGGAACUAACGAGCUCUAAAUUGAAUAUUUUUUUUUUUUUUUUUGUAUUCAAUACUUAUGUAAUUUGUAAAUGAUAUGACAAGUAAUCAAAUAGCAAACAUAAACAGCAAGGCAAUUAAUAAAUAAUACAAAUAA